GGAAACGUUGAAAAAGUGGAAUUAUAAUUGUUAUUUUCUAUUAGCUUAGUUAAUUUAUUCAUAAACGGUUAUUCUAAAAAUGACAAACUUUUUUUAUAUUUAUAUUAUUGGCUUUUUAGACAUAGCUAGUCUUGCCACAAUUAUGCCUUCAUUUAAUCGUCGUCUCUUAAAAUUUGGUGCUACUCAUUUACAAAUAACCCUUCUAGAAUCUCUUUUCUCAAGUUUUCAACUAAUCACAGGACCCAUUGUUGGAACACUGAGUGAUCAUUUUGGUCGCAAACCAUUGCUUUUGCUUUCAAUGAUCUUUAGUGUCUUUGCAUUUUUUGCCAUGGGACACUGUAAUUCUUAUMUGUCGAUUGCUGCCAUUCGAUUGAUGUUGGGUUGUUUCAAACACACCCAAAUGUUAGGAAAGUCAUUAAUUGGUGACAAUGUACCUAAAACUCAACAUUUGAGCACCCAUGGAAAAUUGAACAGCUUCAUUUCAUUAGCAUUUAUGAUAGCUCCAAUUUAUGGUGGUUAUUUGUCUGAACACAAAAAUGGUUUUUACUAUUUAGCUUGCUCGACUAGCUUAAUUUGUGCCAUAAAUGUCAUUAUUAUUGCAUUGUGUGUGCCAACCAAGAUAAUUAAGACAAAUGGUCUUAAAAAAAAUAUGUUUUACCAUUUAAAAGAAGUAAAUUGGACAGAACAUUGGCCAUUAUUGUUCAUGAGAAUGAUGUAUACUGCAACACUAUCAACAAAUAUGGUAUCAUUUGGUUUUGUACUCAUAGAAACAUAUAAGCUUACACCAUCCCAAGUUGGUUACACCUUAUCAGUCAAUAGUUCAAUUGGUGUUGCUACUGGAUUCGCAGUUGCCAGAUUAGAGCCAUUCUUUCGUAAAUAUAGUUCAUUCAAAAAAUGUUUCUUUAGUUUUAUUUUACUAUUUGUUGGAUAUAUUUGUUUGUCAUUUGCUCCUAAUAUAACAUUUCACAUUAUAUGCAUGGUUCCUAUCAUUGCAGCUGGUACUCUAAUAGAAGUGUUUUUAAAUCAAAUUCUAUCGGAAACCUGUAUGGGUGAAAAUAGAGGAACUCUAGAAGGUGCUAUGACUAGCUCUAUCUCAGUAGCUCGAUCUAUUACGCCUGUAGUAGCCGGAGUGGCUAUGGAUAUGUAUGGUUCUAGUGGAGCAUAUGUUUUUGCAGCUUUAGCUGCUAUUUCUGCAGCAAUGUUAGCUAAAUUUUAUGAUAAAAAAACCAAAUUAUCGUAAUAUUUUUUCCUUUUUAAGUGUUCAUGAUUUUACAUAGAUCUUAUAUUUUGUAUCAAUCUCUAUUUUACUUAUUAAAUAUAAAAGAGUUUAUUGUUAAUUGUAACAAAUCUAUUUUUCUCUGAGUUUUGAGAAAAAAUGAACAAAUAUUUUGAAUGUAUAUUAUGAAACCUUUUAUUAUUUUUUUUAUCUAAUGUAUGUCUAUGCUAUUAAUUUAAGUUAAUAAUUUUAAAGUAAUAGCUAUAUUAAAUUUGGCAUAUAUUCAGAUUAUAUUAAUAGAUUAUAGAUGUGAUUAAUUUAGUUUAAUAGGUGAUUAAAAUAUUAUUUAUUUAUAUUUGAUAUUAUUGAACCUGGUUUGAGCGUUUUAUAUGUUAUGUCAAUUGAGGUAAUCCACAAUGAAUGUAUUUAAGAACUGACUAUAAACAGAUAAUAUCAUUGCUUUUAUAGUAUUAUUAUAUAUUGUAAUAUAAAAGCAAAAUCAGUAACAUAAGCUGGCCAAUCAUUUUUAUGUUAAUUUAAAAUAUUACACUUUAGAUUUUUACUUAUCUUUUUUGUACAUUAAGUAUCAUAAAAUAAUUAUACCUAUUUCUAUGUGCACAUGAA